AGGAACUAUUCUCCCUCCCAACGGCUCGAUGGGAAUGGGCUUCAGUGGAAGGGCACUACCAAAAUUCCUCCUUCAAAUUCAAAUUCAAAAUCAAAAUCAAAACAUUUUCAUAAUCCGAAACUCGCGAUCGCUGUGUUGCGAUUCAGAAGCGAAAAUCUUCCACUAAACCAAUCUCCUCCAUGGAUUUCACUCCUCCAUCUCACCGAUCCGAGCCUCGAUCUCGCACAAAGUCAGCCUCACGUCUUGCCGUUGAAGCCGACCAAAUACCCCAUUUCUCAGUCGACGCCAUUUCUUCCCCGCGAAAGAAAACCCCUUCACCUUCCAUUCAGGAGCACUUGCCUCUGUCCCCUUCCACUCUCAGAAAAUCCAGGUCCCGUCUCGUGGAUCGGUUCGAAAUGCACGACGAGGUUGUGGAGCCCGCCGCAGCACGGAGAAGGUGUAAAAACCGCGGCCCCCAAUUGGGUCUUCUGGGCUGUGCUUCUCCGAGGAGUAUUAGAAGGUCGAGAAGACGAUCGGAGGUGGAGAUUAGAGAAGAGAGAGAUUUUUGUUUAGCGGAAGAGUUUGUGAAGGCUAGAAGGAGAAAACAGAGCGGGAGGUCGAAGAAGGAGAAGCUGAGUUUGGUUCCAGUUUCGACAACACCUUCGAGUUCAACAACUCCAAAACUUGAUAAUGAUGAGAAUGGUAGUUUGGAUCGAAUUGGGCAGCUGAUAACGGAUCUGAUCAUGUGGAAAGAUGCAGCGAAGUCAAGCCUUUGGUUUGGACUUGGCUCUUUAUUUUUCUUAUCCACUUGCUUCACUAGAGGAGUUAGCUUUAGCAUUUUCUCAGCAAUUUCCCAGCUUGGACUUCUGUUUCUGGGUCUUGCAUUUGUCUCCAAUUCAAUAUGUCAAAGGAACAAUGUCGAAAAGAAACAUAAAGACUUCAAGCUUAAAGAAGAUGACAUACUACGCAUUGUGAAACUGGUUCUUCCAGCCGCAAACUUCACCAUUUCGAAGAUAAGGGAUCUUUUCAGUGGAGAGGCAGAGAUGACCCUGAAAGUAGCUCCAUUCCUCAUUUUAGGAGCUGAGUAUGGACAUCUUAUUACUCUUAGAAGACUCUGUGCAAUUGGGUUCUUUACCAGUUUCUCUGUGCCAAAGCUCUAUUCAUGUUACCAAAUUCAGAUAAACAGCAAAGUGGAUGUUGUGAAACAAUGGAUGUUUGAAGCAUGGGAAGCUUGCUCACAUAAGAAGGUUGUGGUAGGAUCAGCAGCCACAGUGUUUUGGAACUUUUCUUCUCUAAAAGCCAGAAUUUUCACAGCUUUCAUAGCUCUAGUCAUAGUUCGAUAUUGCCGACAGUUUAUAGUGUCGUCGAAACUGGAAGUUGUAGAAGUGCAAGAGGACGAGAACCAGGCAUUGGUUGUGAUAGAAGGAAAGGAGGAGAAAGAGGAGCAGAGGCAAGCCCUGGUGGUGGCGGAACCCCAUUGCCAGCCUUGAUUUGGCUUUGCUGCUCGCUGUACUGUGAUAAUAGCAAGAAUAUCAAUUUCAGUGCCACACUAUAGUGUUUAUAAAAACAAAUGGCCGUGUUGUGUUAUGUUAGAGCUUUUUUACUUCCCAAAUUCAUUGAUUCUAAGAUAUCAAACAUCUUUCUGCUCAGAAUCUGCAUUUGCCUCUA